AUGGGCAACGCGGCGAGUUGGUUGACGCAGUCGCUCUGCCCAGAAGAGCAAGCGCUAUGGGUCGCGGCCAAGAGCGGCGACCUCGAGACGCUGCGGAAAGGACUGGAGCGUCUCACGCCCGAGACGCGGUUCCAUGCCGAGUGGCGGGACCCCGUUUACGGCUACUCCCCACUGGCCAACGCGUGCUCGCAGGGCCAUUUCCACUGCGUCCAGGCGCUUCUCGCGUACGGCGUGGACGGAAACGCUCGAGACGCUCAGGGCGAUACACCGCUGCACAUUGCGACGUCCUGUGGGAAGAGCGAGAUCGUGCGGCUGCUGCUGGAGACGCCUGCCGUGGAUUACUUUGCCAAGACAGCGACCAAGGCGCAGACUGCGCUGGACAUUGCACGUCAGGGGUACAAGGGGUCGGAAGGCCGGGGGUUGCAGUACAUUCAGUGUGUGGAGCACCUUGAAAAGAAAUUGUGCCUGUACUCGGGCUGGCUGUACGAACGGUCGGACAACUUUUUGUCGAUUGCGUCGGGGAUUUCGGGUUUGGAUUCGUGGAAAAAGAGGUAUGCAAUGGCCUUGCGGACUGAGGUGAGGGAUGUCAUUGAGAUUGAUUUAUUCCCGAUGAAACCGGGUGAGCGACGUCCGCCAGUUCCAAGUUUGGAGCUUUUAUACAAAACUAGUGACGGGAUCCAGCAGAGUGAUGACGUUACUUGGCUCAACCGAAAAGAGUUUCGUUUGUCAUUGAAAGUAUCAAGGAAGCAUGGCUCCAGUCGUUCGUCUGCCAUUCAAUCGAUGGACUUUGCUGCCGCGAACCAAGAAGAACUUGCUGCAUGGAAGACGUUCUUAACGACUUUGCGGGUCAAUGCUCCAGCAAGCUCGGCAACAACGGUAGUCGGAGAUGCUGACAAUCGACGCACUGAUGCUGGCAGUCGACGCGCUGAUACUGAUAGUCGACGCGUUCAUCCCUCUCAGCCUGCUGCUUGUUGCUCCUCGAGCUGCAGUCCUACUCAAGCAGCUGUACUGCAGGAACAACGUGAUUUGGAACGAGCUUUGCGACUGUCACUUGAGGAAGCACGGCGGCACUCUCGAACUCAGUCAGCGCCGUCUGCCCCGCCUCCAUCCGACACAAUGCUUGAAGCUCUAAAUUAUUCUGCAACGGUUGUGGGUCCUGAUGGGGUAGAGAUUGUACAACUUCUUGGAGGUGAUGAUUUGGCAGUUGCCCAUCGUACAUUGUCACCACCCUCUGCUUCGAGUCACCUGGCGAUGAGUGCUGAUCGGCAGGAAGCUCAACGCCAUGAUGAGUGUGUCGUGUGUUUCGACGGACCUCAGGAGGCAGUCUGUGUCCCGUGCGGUCACAAUGCUGUGUGCAUGGGUUGUGCGCAGGAGCUCCUCGACACCACUGGAUUAUGCCCUGUGUGCCGACAGCAAGUGAGGGAGGUGAUUCGUCUCUAUCGCGUAUGA